AGUAAGUUUCGGGCAUUUUCGUUGUUGCCGCCUUUUUGGCUACAUGCAGAAAAUCCUAAUGGGCUGGUAUUUAUGCGAAUGGAUCCAAAAACUCAGAAGAUUAAACAUCAUAUACGUUUAAACGAUGAUCUAACUGUCACUGUAAUUUUUCCCAAUAAUGAACAAUUGCCACUAAAGGAGAAAAUUAAUUCAUAUGACAACACCUACGAUUACUUAAAAUCGGUUGAAAGAUGGCCUUUGUGCGUUGGUACUCAGAUUGACGACAAUAAAUUUUGUAAAGGUGUGAUUAUUGGUGAUGAUACUUACGAAAGAAAUCAACAGUACCCAAGAUGUAAAUCUUGUCGAAUAUUACGAAAUCGUUUGCAGAACCGUAAUUCCACUUCAACUCUAUUACAAAAAAUGGCAGAAGCAAAACGGCGCGCUUCAAAUCUUGUACAUAAAUGCAAGCGUCUGAAGAGGACGACCCCUUACGGAACUGUGAAAAAAAGACAUUGGGAAGCGGUAUUAGAGGAAGAGAAUUAUCGUCAGCCUAACUCAAAAAUCGCUUACAAGUUAACACCAGCGCAUUUGAAACCGAAAGGUUUUCAAGUAAUGAAUGUUCCUCUUGCAACUGAAGUGUUUGGUCACGAAAUUUCGGUCGCCAUGGCUCACUAUCAACCCUAUUGCGAGGAAUUGAAGGAUUCAACUGCAACACAAAAAUUUAUUGAUCUUGUAUUCAAUUUGAUACAAGCUAUGUCUUCGCGUAUACCAAGAGAUGCUCUGUACGUGAAUGAAAAUUGCAGACGAAGAAAGGUAAGAAAUAGUUGGCGAUUAAAAUUAAGGUCAAUGCGGAGAAGACCGUCUAUCAGCUAAGUCCGUCUACUCACUAUAACAUUUAAGGGAAGACCGUCAUAAAGAAAGACCGGCCGGACGGUGCCUUAAACCAGAAGUAGCCAACCUUUUAAUGUAUUUUUGUUAGUAGAUACCUCUUAUAGUGAAGAAUAUUUUAUGCCGAUUAUAAUUAGAAUUAAUAUAAUUAUGCGUUGCUGGUAGUGAAUAUUAUGUGUUAAUGUUAAUAUGCCGGAACCGCCGCCGCCUCGCAACCUGAAUAUAUCCCUUGGCACCUAUACAGCCUAUACUGUAAUUUUUAGUUUAAUAUAAAAAUUAGGAACAUUUAAAAAUUUGUAUGGAAUAUAUUUUUUGCUCCUUACUAAUAUCUGUAAAUGUCUACUACUGACUAUACUUUUGUGUAGAGAAGCGGCCGUCCCCUUUCCUCUUAAUAUUUCAUUGUAUAGCUUUGAAUCUUGUUUACUUAAUGAAGAAAUACU